CUUAAAUCGUAGCGUGUGGAUGUGCGGAUUCCGUGCCGCUCUCGUUUAAAUAGUUUUAUUCUCUGAAUCUGGUGUUAAAUAUCAAAUUAACCAAGUGAAAUAAUCGCACAAGCCAGGCUAUAGCCACCAGGAACGCAGCGUCGUCCAAGAUGGCGGACGAUGAACAAUUCUCACUUUGUUGGAAUAAUUUCAACACUAACCUAUCUGCCGGAUUUCAUGAAUCGCUCGUGCAAGGCGAUCUAGUUGACGUCACAUUAGCCGCCGAAGGACAGUUGGUGAAAGCCCAUCGCCUAAUUUUAUCAGUAUGUUCUCCAUACUUUCGAAAAAUGUUUACACAAAUGCCUGUAAACCAACAUGCGUUCAUUUUUUUGAAAGACGUGAGUCAUUCCGCCCUGAAAGAUCUCAUACAGUUUAUGUAUUGUGGAGAGGUAAAUGUCAAGCAGGACGCUUUGCCUGCAUUUAUCAGUACAGCUGAAGCCUUGCAAAUCAAGGGCCUGACAGAAACGGGAGAUAGCGCACCUCCGCCACAACCGUCUCCUGCCAAAGAAAAUAUACCUACAACCCCAGCACCAGUUAGCAUUUCCACCAAUACUGGGUCUCCGCGGGGAAAAGUACAACGCAGCCGGGUGCAGUCGUACAAACUCGAAUCCGAAGAGAGUGGUGAUGACAAAAUAGUACAAAUUCAGUCCUCCACCUCCCACCAUUCUGCCACUGGUUCCCAACAAGCCCAACAGAUACAGCAGGUACACGUGGCUAGUGGACAGAAGCGAAUUCUUGGCCAGCGUAUUCUUGCGCCCAGCAUGACAAAUAAACGGGCGAAGCUAUCUGUGAGCGGCAAUGACAUGUUGGAUCCCUCGGAAGCAACUACGCAAAUCCAGACUGUACAAAUCGUUAAACAAUUGCCAUCACAGACCACCGAACCCGAAUAUGUUGAAAUGGCCUUGGAACCGAUAAGCACGAAAGCCGAGCCAGAUUAUUCCGAAGAACAUACCGAAAUCGAAACGGUAGAAGCAGAAACGGAACAGGAUCAAUCGCUGGCCGAGCAUGACCAAUCAGCAGACCAGGAGCAAGGCGAUGACGAAGGAACCUAUGUUGAGGAUGAAGCAUACGGAGAUAUGUCCAAGUACGAAGAAUCUUACUUCACCGAGGGCGAAGAAGGGAAGGCAGGCGUAUCCGGGUUUGCAGAACCAUACACAUCGGACGGAACUGGAAACGAACAAGCAGCACAAGGCGAAAUAUUGAUCCACUCCAGGGCGGAUGUGAAAUCGUCCAUUUAUCUUGCCAAAAUAAAACCACUAUCGCCUAAUAAGAUGAUCAUCAACGUAAAUUUCAAAGACAAUACAGGAACACAAUCUUCAAUUGAUUCACCGAAAACUGCUCUACACAACAAAUCUCCCAUAGCUGUAAAUAGGAUCGUGCCAACUAAUGAGGAAACUGUGAAAAUGCACGAUAAAACUAGGCCCAACCCGGAAUAUAUUUUAAAACAAUUAUCGAACGGGCAUGCGUUGAUGGAGUUAAAGAGAAAGCGCGUUCGAGGAUAUUGCGUCAACUGCAUCAAGAAAAUUCACGACCCACUGUAUAAGGAGAAGUUACCCAAGAUCAUCACUUAUUGCUCUGCCUGUGCAUGCGGACAAUGGACUUGCGAGAAAUGUUUUGAUGAAAUGCAUAAUGUUGAACAUUAACCGUUGAUCACUGGCUUAACGAAAGCUUAGGUAAUUAGGGUAACCAGGCAAACGAUUACAGUUAAAAACCCCCAUUAUCUUCCAGUCACAAUGCAACAACCCAUAUUAUUCGUAUCGGCUGAUCUUUCUUUAUUUGGAUCUCUUAUUGUUAACAAUUGGAUACAGUUUCAACAUUUUGUAGUAAAUGAACAAUUGAAAAAUAUAAAUACGGCCCGGUUCAUUUUUCUAAGAUUAAAAAAAAACUAUAGAAAAUAGGAUUUAAUUUUUCUUUUCUGAAGAGCAUAAUUUCUGAAAGGUAAAUUAGGAAGAUUUACUUGAUAAUAAUCAAUAAAUGUCGUUUUUUUUGUGUAGAAAAAAUACAGUAGGUUCUAAAAACGGCAAAUAGUUUUUUACCAGUAGCAGUUAAUACCACUAGCAAAUAUUAAGCCUAACUGAAUGAAAAGCAGGAACUGUCAAGCUUCCAUACAAAUAUGAAAAAAAAAUUUUCGUUCCGAAAAAACCGUUGCAGCAGAUCCACUUAUAGUCCACAUUCAUAAUCUGCUACUAGAACUAAGUUUAUUUCUGAUACAAAAAUAUAUGUCGUUAUCAUCUGUGAGGGUUAGUUUAGUUACAUGCAGCAAAAAAAAAUAC